GCUAGGUGAACAGCUACCACCAGACAGAAGCAGGUGUCCAACAUGGCCAGCAUGGGGAGCGGAUCUCUCUCUACAUCUCUCUUUUUAUUCGUGAUUUCGGCAGCUUUUCUUCUAAAAGGAGCUGCACAGAACAUCCAAGUCCAAAGUCAGAACCUGGUGACGGAUAACGUGACUGUGGUGGAGGGGGAGGUGGCCAUCCUCAGCUGCAGAGUCAAGAACAACGAUGACUCCGUCAUCCAGCUCCUCAACCCCUACAGACAGACCAUCUACUUCAGAGACGCCAGACCCUUGAAGGAUAGCCGGUUCCAGCUGGUCAACUUCUCGGACAAUGAGCUGCGGGUGUCGUUGUCCAACGUGUCGCUGUCCGACGAAGGGAGAUACGUGUGCCAGCUGUACACCGACCCUCCACAGGAAGCCUACGCCGACAUCACUGUGCUGGUCCCGCCAGGCUACCCAAUCAUCAAGUCCGAGGAAGGCGUGGUCAGCGAGGGGAACGAAACGGAGAUGAACUGCACGGCCGUGGGCAGCAAGCCGGCCUCCAUCAUCAGAUGGAUGAAAGGAGACAAGGAGCUGCAAGGCAUGUCGGAGGUGACGCCGAGCCCGGACGACCGGAUGUCCACGGUGACCAGCCGGCUGACGUUCACCGUCUCCCGGGAGGACGACGGCGUGCCGGUCGUGUGCAUUGUGGACCACCCCGCCGUCAAGGACUUCCAGGCGCAGAAGUAUCUGGAAGUGCAGUAUAAACCCGAGGUGAAGAUUGUGGUGGAGUUCCCUGAAGGACUGACCAGGGAAGGAGAGAAUCUGGAGCUGACCUGCCAAGCAAGGGGCAAACCACAGCCCCAGCAGAUCAACUGGGUGAAGGUGGACGAUGACGUCCCAGUCCCACGCCAUCAUCACGGGCAGGACCUGUUAAUCGAAAACCUGAACAAGUCCUACAACGGCACGUACCGCUGCGUGGCGUCCAACUGUGGCGAGUCCUACGACGACUACAUCCUCUACGUAUACGAUGCUCUCACCACCACCCCUAUACCCACUACAGCCACCACCACCACUACCACCACCACCUUCACCACCACCCUUCCAGACACUGCCCAAGACACCGCGCCCAGCGCCGACCCCGCGGCUCACGAUUCGCGAGCGGGUGAGGGAGCGCCCCACACGGUGGACCACGCCGUCAUCGGGGGCGUCGUUGCCGUGGUCGUCUUCGCCAUGCUCUGCCUACUCAUCAUUUUGGGCCGAUACUUCGCGAGACACAAAGGCACCUACUUCACACACGAAGCCAAAGGGGCCGACGACGCGGCGGACGCCGACACGGCCAUCAUCAACGCCGAGGGCGGCCACAACAACUCCGACGAGAAGAAGGAGUACUACAUCUGAGAGCGCGGGCUCGGAGAAGGGACCCACAUCAGGCACCACGCUGUUGUGGGGUGGGGCGUGGGGUUUGGGGUGGAGGUUA